UUCAUUGCAUUUCAAUCAAGUUUUCCAACUUUCUUUAAACAAGACAAGGACACAAAAAAAAUUUAAAAAAAAAAACUUUUUAAAACACACUGGCACACAGGUGAAAAUGAGAAUCUUGUGUAGGCCUACUGUCAUUCGUUAUAACUGUUUUUUUUCCAAUUGUCUUUGUGACGUAACAGUUACAGUGACGUAUUUCCUCCGAAGAAGUCUUGAAAACGUCACAAUUAUCUCCAUAAACAAAGUAGUUAGGCUAAAGAAGACGGACAUAUUUUUUCAAGUUGACAUAGCGAUGAUGGAUUACGAGAAAAGUGUUGGAUUUCAGUGACACCGGUGAGACAAAGCUGCAGCUAUUGAAAUUUUCGUAUAACUGGAUUGAUGAGGUUGAGCGACAGGAGCAACAGCAGGCUAUGGAGCUAGAGGAAGCUGAAAGGGCACGCAACAUAAAAUGCAUUAUGAAACAAGUUCAUGGCGAAUUAAUUGACAUGAUAUCCAGAAAAACAUGUGUAACCAACAAAGUACAGGAGGACAUGGUCCGAAAACGGGAAAUGAUGGCUGAUGUGCAUGCAGAGUUAAUGACCCUUGAAAAAAAGAAGGCAGAAAAUUUCAUUAAGAAUUACAUUGGAAACAUUAUACUGGCUGCAAACGAGAAGCUACUGAAUGAAACUUCUCGGGAAUAUGUACACCGUGUGAUUGUGCUGGCAAUGUCAAAACUGAAAAAAGAAAUUCAAAAGUCAACAAGAGUUUCCUCGAAAGUGGUCGCAGAGCAGAUUCAACCAGAAACAGAUACAGAUUUAGAAGAUUCCAAACCCAGAAAGUAUAAAACAAACGAAGACGACACUUUUGUGCCUAGAAGGCUUUUUUUCUUUAAUGUGGACCAUUUCAAGAUAAAUUCUCAGAGAGUUGCGACUGUGAAUAAAGAAUCUUUGGUAGAAACCAUUUCUGUUCCAGCAGUACAUCUGUCUGCUAGAACUGUGAGCAGUCCGACGGUGACAGAGAAGACGCGUGCUUCAACAAAGAGGCCUGGAUUCCGAGCUCGGAUUAUGAAGUUUCUAGGAUUUCAAUCAAGAAUUGUUUGUAAAUGAAUCAAUUAUUAAAAUUUAAUAUAUCUUU